AGCUGUACCGCUUCAUUCAUCUUCAUCCGUGCAUUCAUGUUGACAGUGUGUGCAUUGAGUAAAAGAUACGGUUCUUAAGGCGGGUUUUUACUUACGGGUUUGGAUCAUCAGAACUUCCGUGCGGCAAACUGGCAAUCGCAGGGUCAAACACGUGUACAAUUAACAAUGGACUCUCUGCGAGAACUCGCUGAAUACUUGAGCACCAACACCCGAUUUGACCUGAGACUCUGCGCGCUGAACCACGUGCUGCACGUGACGGCGACCGCCGACGGCCGGGAACUCCUGCUGAAGCUGCCGGAAACGUUGAAGCAACUUGUUACGUUUGUACAAGAUUCUAGCGCUCCUAUCAGCAAGUGCGCCGCGCAAACGUUAGUAAAUGUCACCGGGGAUGAGGCUGGGACCAACGCAAUGCUGAUUAUUUCGGAGUCGAGUAAUUCGACAGAGAAGAGUACGUCUGGUUCAGCUAACCAGGAACCUAGUCAGAAUUUAAUCAAAAUUUGUCUGAGGUGUAUAAUGGACAAGUCCAAUACACUGGCCGAUGUAUGCUGCAUGAUACUUUCUAACAUGACUAGGCCGUUUCAUCUAGUAGACAGGGUGGUAAACCUCAUCGAACAGAGCGGUUACUCUUGGGAUGAAAUAGUAGCUGCAUUUACUGCAAAGCAGUACAACACUAAGGGUGAAAAAUUGCACUACCUUGGACCUGUCUUCAGCAAUCUCAGUCAAUCGCCACAUGUAAGAAGGUAUCUGAUGGAUCGGGAUCGUUGCGUUCUUCAGCGACUCCUACCCUUCACAGAGUAUUCUGACAGUCUGAUUAGACGAGGCGGUGUGAUCGGCACUUUGAAAAAUUGCACUUUCGACACAGAACAUCACGAGUGGUUGCUAAGCCCCGAGGUGGAUUUGUUAUCGUACCUGUUGUUGCCUCUUGCUGGCCCGGAAGAGUUGGACGAUGAGGAUAACGAUAAAUUGCCAAUUAACUUGCAAUAUCUUCCUGAAACAAAAACUCGAGAAGCUGAUCCAGACAUAAGAUUUAUGCUUUUAGAAGCGUUAAAUCAGCUCUGUGCAACGAAAGUGGCUAGACAAAUAUUGAGAGAAAAAAAUACAUACGUCAUCCUCAGGGAGCUCCACAAAUGGGAAAAGGACAAGAGCUGCUUACUGGCGUGUGAAAAUGUCGUGGAUAUCUUGAUAAAGACGGAAGAAGAAAUCGGCUUGGACAAUUUGAAGGAAGUAGAAGUGCCGUCCGAGUACACCGAGACAUUCCAUAAGAUGGAUGAAGACUUUAUUAGCGAUACAUAGAUAGUGCAAAAAAGUUUCCAUUAUAAAUAUGUAUAGUAUUUUAUAAAUAUUGCACAUACAGUGUACACAAUACGUUAGAUAAUGCAUUAUCUAACGAAGAAACGAACGUAAAAAUGGUCAUUCAUAACACAUU